CGAACAGCGACCGCGCCGCGCAGUUCGGCAUCGCCCGUGUGUGUGUGUGUAUGUGCCCGGAACAUCGAGGAUUGUGACUCUGGGGAUUGCAUAUUUCAGUGCGGGUCCGAUUAAUAAUCCAUCCGGGAUCGCGAGUGACUCGACGGAUCGAGGCUCCGCGAGCGGAAUUUCGACGCAGCGAACCGUGACCGAUCGCCAAAAUCCGUUCGAUCGUGGCUGUGGACUUUGCGCGCCACUGACUAUCGUCGUUCGUUCCGUUUCUUAUCACUUGCUGCUUGGGACGUUCGAAAAUAAAACUGCGAGGAAAGAAGACCGGUCACGUGUAUCUGCGCCUUCUAUGCAGCUGGAUGGUACGCGCGUCGUCGCUGUGCGCCCCCCCCCCCGCAUCGCGAAAAACAAAGUGAUUAUUUAUCGGGCGUUUAUCGGGAGUUUUAUCGUUGGAUUGUGAGGGAAAAUCGCGAGAUUGAGCCGACUCGUGUUGCGAAACGCGCGGAGUCGCGCGUCCACUGACGAAAUUGCGCCUGAAAAAGCGCGCUUCCGCGGGGAAUUCAGCGCGGCAUUUUUGCACGCGCGUCACGCGUCAGUUUCUCGCCGGAAUGCAUCGUUACUUAAACGACGUGUCACGUGACUACGAAUAACGACUCAUCGGGAUUUCGCGAGCGGGGAGGUUCCGCCGCUCUUCUCUGGAUAUUUAACGGAAGUGUCCAAUCUGCCCCGCGUCUCUGUUGAUGCACUUGUUGAUGCGGCUGCCGAGCACGCCACGUCUGCGUUUUCAAGUAUCGGCCAAGGGCGAUGAGGAAGUAUCGGCUCGUUUAGCGCGCACGAAUCACUCACGGAAGGUCAAGAGGAACGUCGAGGAGCGAUGAUUAGCGCUCGGGGUCGAUUCGCCGGCCGAGGUUCGCGCGAAAGCUGAUUCCUGCGGGCGCAGGGGAAUUACCACGGGGGUACCGGCUUAUUAUGUUACGAACAGGAUUAUGCGCCUUGCUGAAGGUGUUGGUGCUGGCGGGGGUGGCGAUCGCGUUCCUGCCGGAAGAUGACGAGAACGUCGUUCUGGCCAGCCUCCAGGAGGAGUGCGCCUCCAAGUGCCCGGACCUGGACCUCACGCAGAAUCGAACGGACGACGCGAGCUCGGAGGUAGGAUGUGGGGUGAGGUGCAAGAUCGAUCAGUGCACAAAAGGCUGCGAAGCGUGGCAACAGGCGCUCGACACAAGCUGCCAAGCUGUUUGCAAUGGAACACAGGAAUUGCUACCGCCGAAGGAAUUAUACUGCGUUUUAGGCUGUCACGAUGCGCUAAAUCGUUACUUCCAGCAGCUCAAGGCGGAAAUUGGCAUCCCACCGGCACCGGCGUUGGUUGCGGACUCAUUGACGGCGACAUCGCUCAGCCUCGAAUGGAAGGGCGUAGAUAUAAAAAGACGCAUCGAGGGCAUUUCAUACUUGGUACAAUGGAGAUACGAAGAGCUGGCCGAGACGUGGCAGUACUGCAGGAAUCAAACGUGGGGUGAAGGUGACCAGAUACUGGUCGAGAACUUGCAGCCGUACACUAAUUACAGGUUUCGCGUAGCGAUGCUCCUGAAGUCGUCGCAGCACAAUCCGGAGCCGAUCGUCUCAGCGCCGAGCGUGGUAAUAUUAACGCGCGCGGCCGGCCUACCGACAUCAGCACCGGUAAUUGUAAGAGCUGCUGCGGUAGACAGCUACCGCGUCUCUGUGUCUUGGGAACCGGGCCCUUUCCCGAACGGGCCACUUUUGUCGUAUGUCCUGCGUCUGCAAGGGGCUGACCACUCCCAGCUUAAGGAUAUCCCGGCGUCCGAGAACACAACGCGAGAUCACUACAUGUUCCGAAACCUAAAAUCUAACCAGAAUUAUAACGUCAGCGUGACCAUGAGAAACGGAGUCGGCGAGGGUCCACCCGCGAUUAUUUGUAUAUCCACUAUGCCGGAGCCUACUGUCAAGGAUACGCAAGAGCCGAUUCUCAUUCUCGGAGGUGAGCACAUGGUCAUGAAGCAAUAUGAUAUGAUGGACGAGCCCAUUGUCAUUUACAAGACCGACUCUACGAUCCGCGGUGUGGCGAUACACGUGGCAUCCUCUCAGUUAUUCGUGUCUACUUCAACCGGUUCCGUGUAUCGAACAUCGAUACACACCGAAUAUCGAUACAUCACACCCGAGGUCGUCUUGGACCCCGUUCACGUGAAUUUUGAACCCCUCAGCCUUUCCGUCGACUGGCUGAAUCGUCACCUAUACGUCUUGGGAGAGGUGCAACACACCAAGACGGUAUGGCAAAUAGCCAGGUGUAAUCUGGACGGGACGGGAUUGACAGUGGCGGUGGCCGGAUUUUUAAGCCAACCCUCGCACAUCGAGGUAGAUCCUUACAAUGGAUAUCUCUUCUGGAUCAUUGAGGGAAAACUGUACAGAUUAGAUCUGGCGGAUAUUAGCAACGGUGUGAAGCACGAGAUUAAACCAUCCUUCAUUUACGGCGAUUCGAGCAUGAGUGUGUUUACCGUAGACCACAUGAGCUUCCGGUUACUCAUCCCGAAUCACACCCUCAACACCGUGAUGUCCAUGUCGCUGGACGGUCGCGAAAGCGUUAAUAUUCGCGCGAAUACGCAAAAGCCGCAAUUCAAUCACGUCGUUUCUCUAGCUAUGGCGAAUAAAUUGUUUUACUGGACUAACGGUCAAGAAAUUCUCACCGAAGGAUAUCAUUCCGGUCAGAACAGAUACUUUCACAACGCGUAUCCAGCCAGAUUGGACGGAAGCAUCAUCAGCGUAAACGUACUGAUGAACGCUAGCCAGCCCGUUCCAAUUCCCGUGAAUCCUCCCACGGGGGUGCAGGCCGUUCUAGGAGCGGAAAGGGCCAAGGUUUCUUGGCAGGCUCCGCAUUUACUGGGCGGCCAAGGGAAAGGAGCUUGGCAGAAUUGGUCUUACGAGCUCGAGAUCAGGGAGGAAUCGUCAAACUAUUCGUCUAGUCAAACCAUACGUCAAAGAGACAUCGUCGGAUCGUCUCACACCGUCUUUAAUUUGCGAGAAAGUUCGCAGUAUUACAUCAGAGUGGCGGCCUAUACGAGCGCCGGUAGAGGACCAUGGUCCACGGAGUUCCGAGGGCGAACCCUGAGGGAUGGUUCGCGCACGACUAUCUUGUGGUCGUCGAAUGAGGGGCUUUUAAAGAGCGACGUAACCGGCGAGAAUAUAGACACGCUCAUUAAUAAGGCGAGCCUAAAGGAAGCCGGGAGCGAAUUUCACAUCGUCGACGUUAGUUGGUACAAGGACGUGUUAUACAUAGUAGGAAACAAUUCCGCGCUAUACCGUUACAACAUCAGCAAUCAUCAGAAAAUCAAACUCAAUAUACAUUCGGUGGGAAGCGUCGCUGUGGACUGGAUCUCGAAGAAGCUGUAUUCGGCGAACCCGAAGCAACAAAUUAUAACAAGAGCGAAUCUAAACGGAUCUGAGCAAGAGCCGUUGGCUAUAGCGAUCGUGAAGGAGCUCACGAUCGAUCCGCUGGAGGCGUAUCUGUAUUGGUCCACCGGUCAUGCCGUGGAAGUAGCGCGACUAAACGGACAGGACAGGAGAUACUACCAUUCGGACGAAAUUUUUAACGGCAAACAAGUGAUGGGCUUAACGCUUGACAUCGAGAAUAAAUAUGUCUAUUGGAUUGUUCGCAGCUACGUAAGCGGAUCUAUCGUCUAUCGAGCACCCACGUCCGAAAAAAUUCCAAUGAGUCAAAAGAUCGUCCCGGAAAAGGUGUCCGCUUUACAUGUCCCAAACUUGCAAGGACCUCUGUGCUACUUCUCCGAACAUUUGCUGUGGCUGCAGGAUGAGAUAAACGCGGUGAUCGGUGAUCUGUCGGGACAGAAUACCGCCGUGAUUAACGGAAUCACUUUGUCCAGCUUGUACAUGGUGGCUGUUAUGGAUCCGGCGUUUCAUCGAUACCCGAAAAAUCUGACAUCGGAGAAUAUAGUGGUGUCGCCGAACCCCGUCGACUUUCAUAGCAUAAGGGUGGAAGGAACAUGGAGGAACUUCAGCAUAUCUUGGGAUCCCGUGAAAAACAUCAAUUACGGCACGGUUUUCUACGAAGUGAAAUUCAUGGAUUACAUCAAUACAAAUUCGAACUCGGAAAUCACAAUCGAAACGACGAUGCCCUACAACAAUUCCGACCAGAUCCUACCCUAUUCCAUACUCGAAGUCACCAUAAAGGCAUUUACUUAUUGGGAAACGGCGCAUGUCACUCGGAGAAUCCUAAGGUCUCCUCAGAGCACGCCGACUCAGCCAACGCAUCCUAGGAUAUACGUGGAAUUUUACAAAGAGAUCCUAAGCGAAGAUGUCAACAUUUUUGCGACAUUCAGAUGGAAUGAACCAGAAUUUACAAACGGACUGAUACAGGGUUACACGGUCCAAUGCUGUUUCGUCGAGAAUUGGAGGAAUAUCGAAAUUUGCAACAACCACAGCGUACCGGCAUCAACAUUGGAGUUUACAGCGAAUGGACUGUUGCCCAAUACGACGUACUAUUUCCAAGUGAAAGCGCACACUGAGAUCGGUGCCGGUUUUUACACGGACAUCAAUGUAUCGACCGUGUACGAAAAUCCGAUGCCCCGAAUAUUGGUUGCCACAAUGGACGCCGUCAGGCUUUCGGAUUUGGAUCAAAACAACUACUACACGAUCACUCGGCACAUCGCGAUCGAAGUGAGUUACGUGGCGGUGGAAAACAGGAUCUAUUGGAUCAACGAUAUGCAGGAGAUAGUUACGUCGGAGAUGAACGGAGCCAACGCUACAAAGAUACUCGCUCUGAACUUUUCCGCGCAGAGUCUCUGCACCGACUGGGUCGCGAAAAAUUUGUAUUGGUCAGAAUACAGAGGAAACGACGGCUAUAUCAUGAAGCUAGACUUGACGAUGUUGCAAAUCGGUAAAACCGAAUACAAGACCAUUGUUUUCAGACCAGGGAAAAGGAUCCUAAAUUUGGAUGUGCUGCCGUCUCGAGGAUCACUGUACUGGAUCGAGUCGAUGGCAUAUAAUCGAGGUACAAUAAUGCAAUCGGACCUCGAUGGGAAUAACGUGACGCCUUUCUUCAGGAACGAGGAAAAUGGCGAAAAGUGUUCCUGCCCGUACACGCCAUCGAUAAGACCGGUGAUGACGAUCGACAAGACCAACAUCGAGAAGCCGGUGAUGUAUUGGAUGUCGUCGGAGGGAUACUUAAACGUGGUCGACAUACACGGUUGCAUGUGCAACACGGUAUUAAACGCGAGCUCCAGCAGGGGCACGUCUCUCACCGUGGACAAGAUGAACGUUUAUUGGUCCGACGCGGAGAAUGAUCAGAUCUACUUCGCGAGAAAGGCGUACUCCGCGGGCAAAGAAAACGAGCCGGAGGUGAAGAGUUUCUACAUGUCCGGCAUUCGCAGCAUCAAAGCCUUUGGGAAAUCCUUGCAACCCUACCCGGCCGCGAACUGCCUGACACCGCGUCCAACGACCUACAGCGUCGAGAAGCUGAGGGCGAUGGCAAACAGCAUCAUCGUCAAGCUCCCGGAACCGGUUGUUAAUCACGGCUGCGAGAGGUACAGUUUGCCCACCACAUUGUACAACAUUGACGUGUCUCAGUGUUUGGGCAACGAUUCCGGGUACAACGAAGGAGUGAACAUAUUGCAGACUUAUGAGCGGCAAUACGAGAUACGAGGUUUGAAGCCGAUCACCAAGUACAAAGUAAAGUUAGCUCUGAGCAAUUAUUACGUCGGCCUGACAUCGGCGAGUCUGGAGUUCGACGAGGGGAAGUUGCUCACGACCGGGCCGGGUACACCCAGCAUGCCGGAGAACGUCACCGUCGAGGCGUGGACGCCGACCGUGGCGGCGGUAUAUUGGCUGCCGCCGAAGAUACUGAACUCCGAGGCGGUGAAUUACGAGGUUCACUGGACAUCGUCCAACUUGGUGAACGGCAUACGGAAAAAGGGCGAGCAACUGGUGAAGGAGCUGAACCGCACCGGGGACGGUAGAUUCUACACGAAGCUGCAGCCGAUGGUGCCGGGACGGCAGUACGAGGUGUCCGUGCGCGUGUAUUCCGUCCAGUCCAGCGAGUUUUACAACCAGAGCGUGAUCAAGGCCGUGCAGAUGUACCCGGAGCCCAGCAAUCUCACGCUCAGCGGAGUCAGCGUCAACAGCCUGGACGUCUCUUGGACCCCGAGCGUCGACCCGACGAUCGGCUACGUGCUGGAAUACAGAGACGUCGCGACGGAGGCCUGGCAAACCGCGAAUCACACCGAGCUGAAGAAGGGCACGGUGACGUAUCACAUAGAAGGCUUGCAGCCGCUCACCUCGUACAAAUUUCGCUUGAUACUGAGGUAUCCCGCGUACAAGGAGAACUUCGUCUGGCCGCCCGACGGAGGAUUCACGUUUGAAACCCUCGGCGACGUCCCGAGUGCCCCUGGCAUACCUACGGUAACGAGGCUUCGGAAUGCUGUGUAUCAAUUAAACUGGGAACCCGCGCAAGCUCAUGGCUCGCCGGUCACUCUGUACACGGUGCAGGGCUCGAUCGUCGACGACAGCUACAAGCUGGACAACAAAGCCGACGUGAACGAACACUGGACUUUAUAUCACAACGGCACUGACAGUUACUGGAUAAUUACCGGGAACAUGGAUCAUAAGUAUCGAUUUCGCGUGCAAGCGAAAAAUGCCUACGGGUUUAGCGCGUGGAGCAGACCGAGCGCCGUCGUCGACCUGACGGAAUCAACCGGGGGGAUUUUGGCCGCUCAGCAACACUUGGGGUUGGCGUUGGGCCUCAGCGUGGUCGUCAUCACUUUGAUGCUGCUGUGCCUCUGCUACUUCGUCUGCCCAGUGUAUAGACAGCGCAAAGAAGACAAAAAAGCAGUUCUGCCUCCGAUAGUGUCCGACGUCGAGUUAGCGACCCUUCGUGAAAUACCCCGCGGCAAUUUCGUACAGUCCAACGCGCUCUACGCCACCACGCUGCAGAACGACCCGGACGAUUCCGCGCUGCCGAAAAUCCGACGGGAACAGAUCACGCUGGCGAAGUUCCUGGGGAGCGGCGCGUUCGGAAAGGUGUAUCAGGGGAAAGCCAAGGAUUUGGAAGGAUCGGGCAUAACGGCCGUCGCUAUCAAGACCUUGCGAGAGAGCGCCUCGUCGCAAGAGAAAACGGAAUUUUUGCAAGAGGCUAGGCUAAUGAGCCACUUUCGACACAAACACGUGCUGAGGCUGCUGGGGGUCUGCCUGGACACGGAUCCGCCGUUGCUCGUGUUGGAAUUGAUGGAGGCCGGUGACUUGUUGAGCUACUUGAGAGACAGCCGGUCCUUGCAGCCCACGGACAUACACGCCCUGCGUCUGCAAGACUUGCUCGCCAUGUGCGAGGACGUCGCGCGGGGCUGUCGCUACCUGGAGGAGCUGCAUUUCGUCCACCGAGAUCUCGCGUGUCGAAAUUGUCUGGUGUCCGCGAGGGAUCGCGAGAACCGCGUGGUGAAGAUCGGCGACUUCGGCCUGGCCAGAGAUAUUUACAAGAACGAUUAUUAUCGCAAGGAAGGAGAAGGCCUGCUCCCCGUUCGCUGGAUGCCCCCGGAAUCUUUGGUGGACGGAGUGUUCACCUCGCAGAGCGACGUUUGGGCGUUCGGGGUGUUAAUGUGGGAGAUCACGACGUUGGGUCAGCAACCGUACCCUGCCAUGACCAACUUCGAGGUGCUGCAUCACGUGAGCGCGGGUAACAGGUUGCCGAGGCCGCUCAACUGUCCGUUGGCGUUGCACCAGCUGAUGCUGCGUUGCUGGAGUGUAGCGGACGCCAGGCCGAGUUUCAAAGUUUGCCUCGAUAAUAUCGUCGCUCUGAGAAGCAACACGGAAGAUGCGGUGCUGAGCCCGAUACAUGCCGGACAUGUGGCUCGCAGAGGAAACUCGUGGAAGUCCAGUAGUUCCGAGGGAAGUAGAGACAUGCAACCCUUCCUCCAAAAUUCACAUAACACCACGCUCACGCCGCGUUCCGGCGAGAUUCCCAAGUAUUUGGAAGUAUUAGCGGACAAUGAAGCUAUCAUCCUGAGGAAGAACCCUACGAGCGGCUACGAAGUGCCUCGUUCGAUUCACAUCUCGGACCAGAACUUGGCGAAUAUAAACAAGUUCAAUUGCGCGAAUCAGGAUCGCAAGUGCAGCUUGCCUUCGGAGAUCUCGCGGGAACGUAAGCAACACUCGACGGAGGAUCGGAAGCAGUCAGACGGGACGUUGUACGACAAGAGAUCGUCGGUAGCGAGUCUCAACUCGUCCGAUCGCAGGGGAGCGUCCGCGCUCUCGGAAAAGUCCAACACGUUGGACAGCUCCAAGUUGGCAAGCUACCUCACGAAGACGACACUUAAGAGGGACUCCUUCUCGUCGUUGAACGAGCAACGAAAAUACAUAACCAGCUUGAGCGAGCGAAGGGACUCUGAAACGAGUCUCGAGGGCAGAAGCUGCAGCUCGCUCAGUUUAGCACCCUCCACUCGUCCCAGUUCGUCCUUGAUUAAUUCACAGACGACGGUCCUCCCGUCGAAGAACAACAACGUCCCGAAUGCCGUAGGAAACGGGGAAGUGCCCUCGAACGAGAGCGCGGUCACGAAGAACACGUUGCCGAAUAUCCAAAGGACUCAUUCGAACUUGCAAAAUGGCAAGGCGAACAUACCCCUCGUGAUAAACAGCGCGUUGUUGAAUUUAUUGAGGCAGAAGCCGGUCGUCGACGACAGCAACAACAUUGUCACGUACACGAAUAUCAAUGCGGACGCCGUCAGAGUGAACGGGUCGUGAUGUUCGUUCGCUCAUUGCGGCCAACUCGAAACAAAAGUCGCUUUACUCGAAUUACUUUUCAUCCUGGCCCACGGUAAAGUGCUGAUGAAAAUUGAUCAUUGAAUAUCUCAGAACGAGUUAAACUCGAAAGGGAUUUAUUUGGGCUCGAUGAAUCCGUAGAACUCGGAGUAACAACGUGCCGCAUCCUGUGAGACGUAUUUUAUACGCGUUGUGAAGGUUACUCGAUCACGUAACCGCAAUAUGCUGGUUUCGCUCAAAUUCCCUGUCCGUUUUGCCCUACUUUAAAGUGAGUGACUCGAAUAUAUCGGGAGUUGUAUUCAAUUCCAUUCGUAUCGUUAAUCACGUCCAAACGUUUCUCGUACGCGUAGAAGCAGCCGGUAUCUUUGCAUACUUGCAAUCGCCUAUGAAGGAAAGCGGGAGGAGUGGAGUCGAAUAGCUUUAAACUGCCAUUUUAAUGUACAUAUAUAAAUGUUUAUACUCAAAAGUUUAUCUUAAAUACGCUCAUUAUGGCAGAUCGUUUCGGAGCGCGCGGAUUUUACGACUUUAUGUAUACAAUAAAAUAGAAGCAAAAUUGUUAUCCACUGUAAGAUUAAUAUGUUGACAAUGAAUGGUAGGCGUGAAGUGUAGUCUAAUUUAAUAAUCACUUUGCUUUAAAUAACAUAUUUAUUAAAUACAACUCUUGUAGGUACGCAUAAGUUUCUCCCUUUGUCGCCGCAACGAGAUGCUAUUAAAGGUCAACGGAUAGCAUUGUCGCGUCGUGCAUUCAUAUAUAUAUAUAUAUACAAUUUAUGAAUCAUAUUUUAGACCGUAUAAAAUCAAUACCGCAAGAUCGUACUUUCGGAUAUUUCGAAAUAUUAAUUGGACAUUGAGUAAUCACGCACAAUCAACGUAGCAAUGUUACGAUAGCGACAGCACUUAUUAAUUAUUCAUUCGACAGUUACGAAACUCUAUUCAAAAUCGCGGGUCUCUAAUAAUAUCUCGUCGCUGUUUGUUGUACAAAUUUAAAAUUUGGUGAUAAUUAGCGUUUAAUACGGAAAAUUCGAUUAAUACGAAAAAUUGUUAAGUUUUCUACAUAGUUUUAACGAAAUACAAAAGUGUACGUGUACAAUACUGUUGAAGAAGUUCGUAAGCUCGAAUGUGUGGAAUCUCGAUUCUCUCUCGCAAAAUUCGUGAUUAUGCGCUGUCUGACUCAAUCGAAAUACCGCUCAUAAUUCACAGGUUGAAUUAGAAAUGAAAUUGUAAAAUCUGUUUCACGUUAUAGACUAAAUCCACAAAAGACAAUGUUGUAAUGUGCCAGACUAAAUCUGCAAGUGCAUUAUUUCAACAUUUAUCAUGUAUGUACUAUUCCUGUGUAAUUUUACCUUUUUUAUUUAAACUUCUCCUGUAUAAAAAACAUGUAAAGAAUAUUGUUGUAUUUACAGUCAAAAUUCAGAUGAGACACAAGAGAUGAGAGAUGAGAGCAAGAAUAAGAAUGAGAGUGCGAAUGAGACAUUUUUAAGCGCAUAAGCGGAAUAAAACUUUAGGAAGUCGCCAUAGUAAGCCAUGGUAAUCCCUACGAUUUUCCCUUUUAUCAGACUGUAAGUUAAUUCACUUUUUGAUACGGACAAGUUGACUAAGACUACACGAAUAAAGUUAUUUAAAGAUA